AUGCGCAACAAGGAUGCAGCAGCGAGCACGUCUGAUGAUAACCAGAUCAGCUCCAGAGAGUGGAUGAGCAACAAUGACUUGGCUGUUGUGGUGGAGGGCAGCGAGAAGCAGCUAGACUUACGAUCAACCCGGGUUGAUCAGCCAAAAGUCCGCGCCCUCUGGUGGAGCGCGUCUCCGGUAUAUAGUUAUUCCGGAGUAGAGGAGUUCUUCCGGAAUUUUGUUGCUCCGGCGUAG